UUACGUCUGUUCUUUAUAACGUUAGCAUACAUCGCCGCAAUGGCGGACGUAGCUGCAGCAGCAGUGGGAGCUGGUCCCGAAGUAAACACAGCUGGAAACCCGACGGACAUGGCCAUGGCGUAUUUACAGGACGAGAACCCUGAUGGAGAAAUCCCCAACCUGAACCUCGGAGAACUGGACCUCACCACCGAUGAGUUCAUCCUGGAUGAGGUGGACAUCCACAUCCAGGCCAACCUGGAGGACGACCUUGUGAAGGAGGCGCUCAAAACGGGCGUUGACCUGCGGCAGUACUCUAAACAGGUGGAGUCUGAGCUGCAGAGGAUUGAACAAGCCUCCAUCAAAGACUACAUCAAGGAGAGUCAGAACAUCGCUCUGCUGCACAACCAGAUCACCGCCUGUGACUCCAUACUGGAGCGCAUGGAGGGCAUGCUGAGCGGCUUCCAGAGCGACCUGUCCUCCAUCAGCAGCGAGAUCCAGACGCUGCAGCAGCAGUCCGUCAGCAUGAACGUGCGCCUGAAGAACCGCCAGGCGGUGCGCAGCCACCUCAGCCAGCUGGUGGACGAGCUGGUGGUCCCCGGGGCCAUGAUCUCCACCAUCCUGGACAGCCCAGUGACGGAGCAGGACUUCCUGGAGCAGCUCCACGAGCUCAACAACAAGAUCAACUUCGCCAAGGAGCUGAGCUUCAGGGAGACGCUGGCCUGCUCCGACAUCCAGGACAUCGUGGACCGCCUGAAGCUCAAGGCCGUGUCAAAGAUCCGAGAGUUCAUCCUUCAGAAGAUCUACUCCUUCAGGAAGCCCAUGACCAACUACCAGAUCCCUCAGAACACUCUGCUGAAGUACAGGUUCUUCUAUCAGUUCCUUCUGGCCAACGAGAGGACGGUGGCGAAGGAGAUGCGGGACGAGUACGUGGACACCAUGAGCAAGAUCUACUACAGCUACUUCAAGUCCUACAGUGGCCGCUUGCUCAAAGUGCAGUACGAGGAGGUCGCAGACAAAGACGACCUGAUGGGAGUCGAAGACACGGCCAAGAAAGGGUUCUUCUCCAAGCCGUCUCUGAGGAGCAGGAACACCAUCUUCACGGUGGGGCAGCGGGGGGGCAUCCUGAGCCCCGCUGAGCUGGAGGGGCCCAUCCUGGUCCCCCACACGGCCCAGAGAGGAGACAGCCGGUAUCCCUACGAGACGCUGUUCCGCAGCCAGCACUACGCGCUGCUGGACAACGGCUGCAGGGAGUUCCUCUUCCUGUCCGACUUCUUCAUGGUGACGGGGAACGCCGCCCUCGACCUCUUCAACAGCAUCAUGGGGAAAACCCUCAGCAUGUUCCUGAAGAGCAUGUCCACGUACGUGUCCGACUGCUACGACAGCAUCGCCGUCUUCCUCUGCAUCCACAUCGUCCUCCGGUUCAGAGCCGUCACCGGCAAGAGGAGCAUCCCGGCCCUCGACAAGUACUGGGAGGCCGUGCUGGAGCUGCUGUGGCCGAGGUUUGAGCUCAUCCUGGAGAUGAACAUCAGCAGCAUCCGAAACACGGACCCUCAGAAGCUGGGAGUGCUGGACACCCGCCCCCACUACAUCACGCGUCGCUACGCUGAGUUCUCGUCGGCCAUCGUCAGCAUCAACCAGACGUUCCCCAACGAGAGGACCAACGCGCUGCUGGGACAGCUGCUGGUGGAGGUGGAGAACUUCGUGCUGAAGAUGGCUGCAGAGUUUCCCUCCAGAAGAGAUCAGCUCAUCUUCCUCAUGAACAACUACGACAUGAUGCUCAGCGUCCUCAUGGAGAGGGCAGCAGACGACAGCAAAGAGGUGGAGGGUUUCCAACAGCUGCUGCUGGCCAGGACGCAGGAGUUCAUCGAGGAGAUUCUGUCCCCUCCCUUCGGAGGGAUGAUCUCCUUUGUGAAGGAGGCCGAGGCCUUGAUGGAGAAAGGGCAGCUGGACCGCCUGAAGAACGACGAAGCUCGUAUCACUCAGCUGGUUCGAGGCCUCUCCAGCUCCUGGAAACAGUCUGUGGAGGCGAUGAGUCAGACGUCAUGAGGUCAUC